CCACCACUCACUUCCUGUACCUGCUUUUAUUUUGAAGGUGACAUCCGGUGACAUCUCCGGGCUGCCUCUCUCUGGCUGACUUGACGCAGCUCUCCAUCUCCCCGGCGCGCCUGAACUCCAGCACCUGACACAGCAGAGCGCGUCCGGCAGCCGCGGGGACGCAGACGCGCCGGAGAUCACCAUCCGGUCCUAAUUAACUUCACUUUCGCAGUCUGUGAAAACUUCUGCGUGACAUCCCUCGUGUGUUUUUUUUUGUCCCUCUUUGUCAUCAUCCGGACUGAGUUUGGAUAUCUGCAGGGGGAGGCGGCAGCGGAGCAGCGGGGCUGCUGUCAGAUGGAGCACCAAGGCUGCGGGAGCUCCGGGCGCACGGCGGACCUGGAGUGAGUGACGCUGGUGGAUGGACGCUGCGCCCCGGUUCAGGCUGUUCACAGCACGGCCAUGACGAGCACCCGGGAGUCCGACCUGCAUGAGCAGCACAGAGGAGCGUCACGGGGGGACGGGAAUGAGAAGGAGGAGGAGGAGGAGGGGGAGGAGAAGGUGCGCGUGUCAGUUGAGGGAGAGCAGAAGGAGCAGGCGGUGGAUGAAGAGGAGGAGGAGGAAGAAGGGGACAAGGAGGAGCUGCCCUACCCCUCUCUAGCACCAGUGGUCCUUCUGGCUCUGACCCAAACCAGCCCACCCCGCUCCUGGUGCCUCCGAGCUGUCUGCCACCCAUAUCCUUCCCUGCCUGAAGCACGGCCAUGACAAGUGUUCACGAGUGUGAGUGUGUGAGUGUGUGAGUGUGUGUGAUAGAG